AUGGCCAUGGCUCGAGACCAGGUGGAGGCUCUCACGGAGAGAGACGUCCACGACCCCAUCACGCCCGAAAUCUUACUGCAGGUUUUGGGUGCGCCGCCCUUCGUUCCCGUGCCCGAGCUCAUCAGCAUUCGCGACCUUGUCGCUAUCGGAGUCCCACAGGCGCUGGACUGGCUGUCCGCUGACGUGAAGCGGGUUUUCGACAUCCGCACCCUAGCGGAACGUGAGAAGCAUCCCGACCCAGAAAUCGAAGGGGUCGUGAACACAUGGUUCGAGGGCACAGGCCUCCACGCCCCGCCCGAUCUGAACAAGUUUGUUGAGGCGGGGGGCGAAUCUGGAGUUCGCAAAGAAUACCUGAAGGUCCUCGACUUGUAUCGACCCACAUUCCGCGCGAUCUUGGAGCACGCGCGUGAUAAGCCUCACGAGCCUUUUCUCUUCCAUUGCACAGCUGGAAGAGACCGCACCGGCGUGAUGUCAGGUCUCCUGCAAUCUCUCGCCGGCACCGGGCCUGAGGACGCUCGCUUCGACUACAUGCUCUCGCGCAUCGGCAUCGAGCCCGCAAGGGAGCAGCUUCUCCAGCACGCCCGCGGCGGCGGCGGCGUCGUUUUCAACAACCACCCGGGCUUCUGCAACAUGUGUAGCUUGCGGACGUCGUGCUGGGAUUUGUUCGUCGCGGCAGUGCAGGAGGAGCAUGGCGGUUGGGAGGGCUACGUUCUCACGACCUUAGGCUUUUCGAGCGACGAUCUGGCCAGGAUCAAGACCAAUCUUUCUGGGCGUGAAGAUCCGGCGUAA